UAUCGUCUUCGCCGGGUCGUUCGAAAAACCAAGCUGGAGGUGGCUCUGACUCGACCUCGCUCCGGUUGCCAAAUGCCAUGCCCGCCCAUAGCCACCGCCUCCGCUUCCUCGCGGCACUCGUCGGGCUCCGACCCGCCGCCGCCGGUUUCUCCACGGCGCCCUCCCGCGGGUGCCCGCUACACGCCGCGCUCGCGCGCCGGGGGGGCCCAGUGGCCGCCGCGCUCACCCUCUACUCCCGCAUCCGCGCCGCCGCCUCGCCGACCCCCUACACCUUCUCCCUCCUCCUCGCCUCCCUCGCUUCCUCCUCCUCGCCCCGCUCUCCCUCCCCUGACGCAGGCGUAUCCGAUCGCCACGCCGCCGCGGGGCUCGCGCACGCGCAGGCGCUCAAGUGGGGCGCGCUCGCGCACACCGUCGUCACCAACUGCCUCCUCAAGCUCUACUGCUCUCUCGGCCUCCUCCCCGCCGCGCGCAGAGUGUUCGACACGACCGGUGCCGCCGCUCUGGACACCGUCUCCUGGAACACGAUGGUGUCGGGGUACGGCAAGAGUGGCGACCUGGAGGCCGCGCGUGAGGUGUUCGUCAGAAUGCCGGAGAGGAGCCUGGUUUCAUGGAGCGCGAUGGUCGACGCGUGCGUGCGCGCGGAGGAUUUCAGCGAGGCGCUGAGGGUGUUUGAUCGGAUGAUGGAGGAGGGAUUUAGGCCGGAUGCUGUGGUGCUGGUCAGUGUGCUCAAGGCUUGCGCACAUCUGGGUGCUGUUGAGAGGGGGCAAUGGGUUCAUAGGUAUCUGGAAGCAGAAGGGUUUGGGAGGAGGUCAGGGAAUGUCAUGCUUGAGACAGCGCUUGUGGAUAUGUAUUGCAAGUGCGGGUGCAUGGAGGAGGCGUGGCGGGUCUUUAAUGGAGUUCGGAACCACGAUGUAGUGUUGUGGAAUGCAAUGAUUGGCGGGCUCGCGAUGCAUGGCCAUGGCAACCACGCAAUUGAGUUGUUCAGAAGGAUGCUUGAGAAGGGUUUUGUGCCGAAUGAGUCAACGUUUGUUGUUGUUUUGUGUGCCUGCACCCACACAGGGCGUGUGGAUGAAGGGAAGGAGAUUUUCAGGUCCAUGCGGGACCAUGGGGUUGAGCCAAGGAGGGAGCACUAUGGGUGCUUGGCUGAUCUUCUUGGACGUGCAGGGCUCAUGGAAGAAGCUGAGGUUGUGUUACUGGACAUGCCAAUGGAACCACAUGCAUCACAGUGGGGGGCUCUAAUGUCAUCAUGCCUGAUGCACAAUAACAUUGUUGUGGGCAAACGUGUAGGAACGAAACUUAUUGAGCUAGAGCCUGAUGAUGGUGGACGUUAUGUUGUUCUGUUCAAUCUAUAUGCAGUCAAUGGUUUAUGGGAAGAUGCAAAAGCUGUUCGGCGGAUGAUGGAGGAGAGGGGAGCCAAGAAGGAGACAGGCUUGAGCUUUAUAGAGUGGAAUGGUUUGGUCCAUGAGUUCAGGUCGGGUGAUACAAGACACCCCCAAACAAGGAUGAUCUAUGCAUUAUUGGAAGACAUGGAACAGAGGUUACAAUUGAUUGGCUAUGUCAAGGAUACCAGCCAAGUGCUUAUGGACAUGUAUGAUGAGGAAGAUAAGGGCAGUAAUUUAUCCUACCACAGUGAGAGGCUUGCAUUAGCAUUUGGUAUCCUAAACAUUCCCCACGACACGCCUAUUCGUAUUGUCAAGAAUCUUCGAGUGUGUCGUGACUGCCAUGUGCAUGCCAAACUUGUGUCCAAGCUCUACCAGCGUGAGAUCAUUGUGCGGGACCGCCAUCGCUUCCACUUGUUCCGUGAUGGGGUUUGUUCCUGCAAUGACUAUUGGUGAAAACGCACUGACUACUGGGUAUGGCAUGGUUAUUGACAUCAAUCUGAAAUCAGCAACUAAAAAGGAUGAUCAUACGACAUGUGGCUGUUACAACCAAGAUGGAUUUUGAGGAUAAGAUGUGGAGGAUAAAAGAAACCUUGGUAAAACUUCUAUAUUCACACUACUUUCUCCAGUAUCAAAUAUCAUGAGAUAUGUGAAAUAGUCAACAUUUCAAGGUUUUUUCUGUACUCCUAGGAUCUGGAACUGCAUAUAGCACUGGGGCAAUCUGCAUUUCCUGAUGACCAAUAUCUUUGGAAGACAUCUUGAUCAUUUCCUGCAAGAGUUGCUAACUCGUCCAGUUUGAGUCCACUAUCUUUGGCUAGUUUCAUUUUAUUAGUCAGAAGUCAAACUCAGGUACAAGCAGAGAACUGGCUGAUCUUGGGGCUGGUAUGUGAUGUUCAGACAUUGGUCACUGUGAUCCUGGAUUUCGUCUUCUGAACCUCGGCUAAAGUUGUCCAUGAGAUCUGCGUCCACCAGAAUCAGAUACUCGCCUGGAGUCAUGAAAAGCUUGCUGGAGGAUGAGUAACAGUCAAUCCUGUGUCAUGGCUGAUGAAUGGUGAUGUCGGUAACCUUGAGAGCUAUUAACUGUUGUAAACUCGCAGAUGGCGAGUGCGCCACCUGCAGUGGGAAAAUUCGGAGUUGAAGCCCGGUGAUGGCGAAGGUGGGAAGCAGUUGUACGUGUCAAGAUGGCAGCAAAUUAUUAAUUCUGAUGAUUCAGUCAGUUGUGGAUGUUUCGUGAUCCUGUUGACGUCGUCGAGAAGGGAAGAAGUACUUACGGCAUGUUCGCUUCAGCUUAUCAGCCGGUUUAUCAACCACUAAACAAUAUUUUUUUCGUACAACAAAUCAGCUGUUUCAGCUUUUCAACCAGCUUAUAAGUCCA